AUGAGGAGGGAGGAAGAAGAGGAAGAAGUGAUGGCUGCUUCCCAGGAAACUCCAGCCCAGGUGGAGUUCACGCAGGACAAGUGGCGGUGCCUGACCCCGGCUCAGCGCGCUCUGUACAGGGAGGUCAUGCUGGACAACUACAGGAACCUGCUCUCCGUGGGUCUUAAUGCCUCUGAACCAGACCUCGUCACCUGUCUGGAGCAAGGAAAAGAGCCCUGGAGAGGGAGGAGAAAGGCACCAUCAGGAAAAACUAGAGACAAGCAGUCUGCAGACACACAUUACCCAUGUGAUGCAUGUGGGAGAAUCUUCAGGAAAUUCUCCGCCCUCGCUCUGCACCAGAGAAUCCACUGUGAAGAGCAACCUUAUGAAUGCAAAGGACGUGGGAAAACUUUUUGCUAUUACUCGGUGUUCCAGAAGCAUCAGCGAAUCCACUUGGGAGAAGAGGCUUUCAAAUGUCAACAGUGUGACCAGCGCUUUGAGCAUCCAUCCAGUUACAGAAGACAUUCCCGAAUUCACAUGGGAGAGAGAACAUACCAGUGCCAGGCAUGUGGCAAAAACGUUCACCAGAGUUCACUUCUUCAGAGACAAAAGAGAAUCCAUGCUGGAGAGAAACCCUACCACAGCAAAGAUUGUGACAAGUCAUUUAGACAUGUCUACUUACUGAAAAUACACGAGAGAAUACACACUGGGGAGAGGUCCUACCCAGGUCUUGUAUGUGACAAAGCCUUUCGAUAUAGGCCAUAUCUUAAAUGCUACCAACCGUUCCACACAGGAGAAAAACCCCACAGAUGCAAUGCGUGUGAUAAGGCCUUCACGCAGCAUGGAAACCUGAUCGUCCACCAGUGA